AUGGGUAUCAACAAGAGUGACGUACGGUUCGUGGUCCAUGCUGGCUUGCCGGCUUCGCUUCACCAUUACUACCAGGAAGCUGGCCGCGCCGGGAGGGACGGCAAGCCUGCUCUUUGCUUGCUGCUCUACCGCCCCAGCGACGUUCCGCGGCACAGCGUCAUGAACUACUACAAGCCGGCAUCCUUACGAGAGCUCUACAAGGCUGCAAUGUAUUGUCACCGGAGCGAGUGUCGGCGCAUGCAGAUCUCGCGUCACUUUGGCGAGGAGCUGCCACCUUGCGACCGUGGCUGUGACGUUUGCAUGGCCAAGCACAGUGACAUCGGCGAACCUCCGGCUCGGAAGAAGCCGCGGCUGACGCCAUCGACCCCACCAGAGGCACUGACAAGCGCUUUGCGUGCUGGUGCAGCAGCACGAGGCCAGGAAGAGCAACUCACACUGGCAAAGCUUUCGGACAAGGUCCAGAAAAGUUGCAAGUGGCGCGGAGAGAUGGCGUCUGAGGCAGUCAUGUAUGUGGCACUGUCCCUGCUUGGAGCUGGCUACUUGAGGGAGGAGUUUCGGCACUCCCCGUAUGCGACGAAUGCCUACUUGGUGGCCACCCCGAGCGCUGAUCGCAUGUUGGCCGGCGAGACGGAGAUCUCUGCAGAAGCUCAGGCGCUGAGCUCUCCACCAGAGCUGCUUUUCAGCCCAGUAGAUGCUUGUGGCGCAUCCUCCGCGGCCAAAGAAGCAGUUGCUCUUCGUGCAGGUCCUGGCGGUGCAGGUGCUGGCAUUCGACAGAGCCUGCGGCAACUGCGGGCACUGCUGGGGAAGCAGGCUGGGGUGCCGGGGCAGUUCGUGCUCACGGACGAGGAGAUCGCGGGACUGUCGGAGUUGGAGUUGCCUGGUGUGGAGGAGCUCAGCCCACUAUCCGCGGUGAA